AUGGAGGGAAUUUUUGAUGCUCUGCCAAAACUUCUUUCUUCUAGUAGUUCAGUCAGAAACCAAGCUGAAGAAGAAAUUAAUAAACAAUUCAAUUUGUCUGCUUUAGAAUUUGCUAAUUACUUAAUCAAUGCAAUGAAAUCAGAAAAUGAAAAUAUUACAAUCUUGGCUAUUAUUUUAUUCCAAAGAAAAAUUAUUGACACACAUGCAAUUUUGAGCUUCCCAAGCGAUAAUCAAAAUCAAAUAAAAACAGAUAUACUUAGCUUAAUCAGUAGCACUAGAAAUUUAUUUUUUACUAAAAAACUUGGAUAUUUAUUAGAAUGUUUCUUCAAUAUAGCUAAUUUAGGAAAUGAUUAUUUCGAGUUAUUAUCAAAAUAUAUCAGUCAAAUAGAUUAUAAAGAAUUUGCAUUUUACCUAAUAGAAAUUCAAUCUGAUUUCCCAAAUCUAUUGAGAUAUGCUUUAAAUAAUUCAAGCCAGAUUAUUCACAUACUUUUACCUUCACUUCAAGAUAAAAAUCCAAAUUUAGUAAUAAGCUGUAUUAGAGCUUUAUCAAAAUUUAUUUCAAGCCUUAGCAAUGAAACCCAAAUGAUCGAAUUUAUGCCUCUUUCCAAAAGUUUACUUGAGUAUUUAAUUAAAGCAAUAAAUAAUUCAGAGAUUAACUUAGAAAAAGCAAAGCACACGCUAAUUAAUAUUCUAUUUAGUCUAAAAUAGUAUAUUGAAUUAAAAAGGUCACUUUCUAUUAGAUUAUGAUUAUUAAAAUCCCUCAUAAUUAGCCCAAGCAACCAAUACAAUAAAGAAUAUAGCAGAAUUAACAGAAAAAUUCCCUCGAUUUUGAAUGAACGAAAUUAAUUUAUUAAUAAAUACAAUGAUACAAAUAGCAAAAAAUGACGCAUUGCGAAGCUAUAUAAGAGGCCAAGCAAUUGAAAUAAUUUCAACAAUUAUUCAAAAAACUCCUGGACUAUUAAAACAAUAUAAAGCAGUUAUAGAAGAAAUAUGCAAAUGCUCUUUUAGCUUGAUAAGUGAAGUCUAUUUUAUUAAUGAUAUUGAAAGAUGAAAUACAGAAAACUGAGAAGAUGAUAUUGCAAAAAACAAUCUAAAUAUUGUAGGAAAAGAGCUAUUAAUCAAAACUGCUGAGUUCAUUGGCCCAGAAUUAGUGGCACCUUUUUGCUUAUCAAUUAUACCAAAUCUUAUAAACAGCUCUGAAUGAGUAAAUCAAUAUACUGGAAUUUUGGGAUUAGGGAUUAUCGCAGGAUUUUGCAAAGAACAGUUCGAGAAUGAGCUUGAAAACAUCAUUAUUUUAUUGGAAAAAUCAAUUUUAAUAGAUAACCCAAGAAUCAAAUGAGCAGUUGGGGCUACAAUCAAUUCUUUGUGCAUAGAAAUUAGUCCUGCGAUUCAGCUGAGAUUUCAUGCAAGUAUCGUUCAAAUUAUUUAUAAUUUAUUAUCUUCAAGAUAUCAAAAAAUCCAGUGUGAAGCUACAAAAGCUCUUGUCAGUUUUAUAAACCCAAUAAAAGCUAGAGAUGAUAUUGAUUCUUUUGAGGUUUUCAAAACUUAUAUAAUUAGCAUUAUGCAAGUUCUGGCUUCGAUAAUUGAUUAUUCAACUAAGCAUAAUCAAUAUGAGCUGUUACUUGAAGCUAUAAAAAGCACAUCAAUUCUAGCUGAUGUCUUACAAAAUAAUUUCCUACCAUUUUAUUAUUUAUUUAUGCCUUACUUACUAUCUGUUAUAGAAUCUCCAAUUUUUUCAAAACAGAACCAAGAAAUCAGAGCAGAAGCAAUCCGCUGUACUGGAUAUCUUGUUGAGUCGUUGUCAGAAAACUACACCAAUUAUAUAAAAGAUGCUCAAAGGAUUAUGAACAUACUAACUGAUUUAAAAAAGAACCUUGAUAAAGAUGACCCUUCGUUUUUUGCUAUUUUUGAAGUAAUUUCAAGCUUUGCAGAAUGCCUGAAAGAAGAGUUUUAUCCAUAUAUGGACUCAUUUUUACCUGAGCUUCUCGAAAAUGCUCAGCUGAAUGUGAAUAUUUCUAUUACAGAUAUUGAAGAAGAUGAAGAUUUGCCCCCAGGUCACAGUUUAGUAAAAAUUGAAAUUAGCCCUCAAGAAAUCAAAAAAUUGGCCAUUGAUUCUUCAACUCUUCAAUUGAAAAUUCAUGCAUGCCAAACUUUAUAUGAACUCAUAUCAGCUUUAAAAGAAUCUUAUUAUCCGUAUUCUGAAAUCACAAUAGACACAUUAAUUCCUUUAUUCUCUUUUUCAUAUAGCGUAAAUGUAAGAAAAUCCAGUGUAAAAGCAGUCACUGCAAUUUUUGCUUCUUCUUAUGAUAAAGAUUAUACAGAUAAUUUACUAGCCAAAUUAUGGCCUAUAUAUACAAACUCAUUAAGUAAGCCAAAUUUGGUACCUAAUGAUACACAAAUUUUAUUGAAGGGAUUAUUAUUCACAAUCCAUCAUGCAGGAGAUUUACAUAAGAUUGGUCUUGACUCUGCCAAAAGUUUAUCUGUUUUAUUAUCAAAUCAUGCGAAAUUGUUAAUUAGCAGAAAAGAAAAACGAGAUGCCGAAUUUCAGCAGUAUUUAAAUGUGGAUUUGCAUAGGCAAGAGAUCGAAUUACUUGAAAAAGAAGAAAUUCUUGAUAAUAAAAUCCUCAGGCUAAUUAUGGAAAUUAUAGGAAAACUAUUGAAAUCUUUCAAAAAAGAUUUUCAAAAUAUUUUCUUAAUGAAUUUUAAAGAUAUUUAUGCGCAGUAUUUAUUUAAAGAUGAUGCAGAAAAACUCGAAAUUUUAUCAGCUUUGUGUAUUUUCAUUGAUUAUGUAGAGUUUACAGAAGAUCUAUUUUGGGAGCCUGGAAAAUGUAGAAUAAUUGAACAGAUGCUGAAAUAUUCAAAUGCAAAAAAUAAAGAAAUUAGACAGUCUGCUUUAUAUGGAAUUGGGGUUUGUGCUCAAGUAUGUAAUGUAAAAGAGUUUAGCAUAUACUUAGAAAAAGCUAUUGAAGCAGUAAAAGCUGCAAUAACUGACCCAAAUGCAAGAAGCAAAAAAUAUGAUAUUUCAACAGAUUGUGCAAUAGGCGCUUUACUCCUCCCAUCCUUGAUCUCGCAAUAUCAUUUAAAAAAUCCUUAAAAGUGGAAAAAUUAACCCCAUCAUUGCUUAAACUUUUUCAUAUCGGCAAGCAUGAAACCCAUAGUCUAUCGUUUAUGGAUAGCGGAUAAAAUAUAAAAUGUUUCUGAUUAAAAAAAAUAUAUAGUGUUUUAUUCCAAAAACUUUUUAACCUUCAUCUAUCCUUGAUUAAACGAUGGUAAUCGGCUCGAUCAAUAAUAUGGGAAUUAGGAAAAAUUGCUUUAUUCCAUAAAAAUGAGCUGAUUGAAGAGUGGCUGAAUUAUUUGCCUAUAAAGGCAGAACCUGAAGAAUCACAAAACGUUCAUAAAUUAUUUUUAUCUAACUAUGAGAGGUUAAAAUGCUACCCAAGAAGCAAUAAUAUAAUUUCAGAGCUUGCAAGGCUACGAAUUGAUGAGAAGAAUAUUGAUAUUUUAGACAAUGAAGGCUUAGAGAUUUUAACACAAAUCCUUAAUCUCAAUAUUUCAUAA